AUGGUUCAUGUCAUAUCAAGAGGCAAGCUUUGUCACCAUUGGUCAAAGGCUUCUUGCAAAUCCUCUCAGCUAUACCUUGUCCUAAGCGGUCUGCAAAAGGCACUCCUACUUGAGGCUAGAGUUCAUAACAUACAGUCAUUGGAAACAGCUCUUGCCUCCCAAUCAUUUAUCCAGCUUGGGCUUCUAACCGGGUUACCAAUGGUGAUGGAGAUUGGACUUGAAAAAGGAUUUCUCACAGCCUUCAAAGAUUUUGUCCUCAUGCAAUUGCAACUAGCUGCUGUUUUUUUCACCUUCUCACUUGGAACAAAAAUUCAUUAUUAUGGUCGAACGAUGUUGCAUGGGGGUGCUAGGUACCGACCAACCGGGCGUAAGGUGGUGGUAUUUCAUGCCAGCUUCACUGAAAUUUAUAGAUUAUAUUCACGAAGCCACUUCGUUAAAGGAUUUGAGCUACUGCUCCUUUUGAUUGUCUACGAUUUGUUUAGACGGUCCUACCAGAGCAGCAUGGCAUACGUCUUCAUCACUUACUCCAUUUGGUUCAUGUCAAUAACUUGGCUGUUUGCACCAUUUCUGUUUAAUCCUGCUGGAUUUGAUUGGGAAAAAAUAGUAGAUGACUGGAGAAAUUUGAAUAAGUGGAUCAGGCAGCCAGGUGGUAUAGGAAUUCAACAAGAUAAAAGUUGGCAGUCUUGGUGGAAUGAUGAGCAGGCCCAUCUUUGCGGUUCACGGUUGGGUGCUAGGCUGUUUGAAAUACUUCUUUCUAUUCGGUUUUUUAUGUACCAGUACGGUCUGGUGUAUCACCUCGACAUCUCCCAAAAGAGCAAAAAUGUCCUGGUGUACAUUCUUUCAUGGGUUGUGCUUUUGGCAGUGUUUCUCUUAGUCAAGGCUGUGAACAUGGGAAGGCUGUUGUUCAGUACAAAUUACCAUCUAGCGUUUAGGAUUUUCAAAGCAUCGCUCUUCAUUGCUGUUCUGAUUAUUAUAGCUGUUCUUUCUAAGGUUUGCCACCUAUCUAUAAAGGACUUGAUUGUCUGCUGUCUAGCAUUUUUACCCACUGGAUGGGGCUUGAUAUUGAUCGCACAAGCUGCAAGGCCCAAGAUAGAGGAGACUGGACUGUGGCCUUUCACUCAGGUUCUUGCCAAGGCAUAUGAUUAUGGAAUGAGUGUGGUUCUUUUUGCACCCAUAGCGGUUUUAGCUUGGCUCCCAAUCAUAUCAGCCUUCCAGACUCGUUUUCUUUUCAACGAGGCCUUCAACAGGCAUUUGCAGAUCCAGCCAAUUCUAGCAGGAGGAAAGAAGAAGAAGCAGACAUAA